AUGGCUCGCCUCGCCGCCGCCGCCGCCGCCCUCCACCACCGACCUCCACGUCCCACCCGUCCGCAGCCCUUGUGCUCUGCACUGGGUACAAUGCGGCGGGUUCCAUACCCACCUACCUUAUCCGGGCCGGCCCCCCGCGCUCUAGCGCCCGCACCCAAAAUCGGCUCAACCGGUCGUUGGCCAACGCGCUCGGACGAGUAUGAGGACUGGAGGUCAAACUUGCUUAUCACAUAUUCUGUUCUGUCGUCUUCCUUCAAUUCUGGGCUACUACGCAUCAUGCUCGAUACUCCUCACACUCAUCAUCUCCGUGACAUCUUGCUCCUGUACUUUACUCUCGCUGUGACUCAUGAAUAA